AUGCAGCACAAGAGGAAACACCAGCCCUCCGAGGCCGGCCAGAACCCUCAGAAGCGUCAAAAGUCCGCCAACACUAAGAAUGCGCCUUCGAAAAAGCGCAAGGUCGCCGCCAGCGCAUUGCCUUGGAAGAAGGUCGACGUGCCCGAGAUGUUCGACGAUGCCGAGGGUUUCUACGGGCUGGAGGUCAUUGAGGGUGUGGAUGUCGUCAAGCAUGGAGACAACAUCGAGUUUGUCGCUGCUAUCCCCUCCGGCGACGAGAAGGAACAAAACGAAGACGAGUUCGAAGGCUUCAGCGACUCUGAGCCCGCCCCUUCUCAGCCCGAACCGGUGAAAGAGGAGCCCAAGACAGAGAAGAAGACGGAGCCAAAGAAGACCAAGAAGGAAAAAAAGGCGGCAAAGGCAGAGCAACAGGCAAAGAACGACAGGCCUGAGGACAAGGUUGACGACACAGAUGCCGCCGAACCUGCGACUGGAGAACCCCAGGGAAAGAAGAAGAAAGAAAAGAAGCAGAAGAAGGCCCAGUCCAAGCCCGAGGACGCCAAGCUCGAGAGCAACCUAUUUACGGCUCUGGAAAAGGUUGAAGAGGCCGAGGAGGACCUUGACAUGACCCCGUGGGUGGAUCUCGGCCUCUCGCCCGCCCUGGUCUCGGCCAUCUCCAAACUCAAGUUCGCCAAGCCGACAAAGAUUCAGACAUCGACCAUACCCGAGAUCCUUGCCGGCCACGACGUCAUCGGAAAGGCGUCGACCGGUUCCGGUAAAACGCUGGCGUUUUCGAUCCCCAUCGUCGAAGACUGGCUCGAGAAGUACGAGGACAAGGCGGACGGGGAGAAGCCUGCGAAGCCCGAAAACACACCACUCGCGCUGAUCCUGUCGCCGACGAGAGAAUUGGCCCACCAGAUCACCAACCACAUCAAGAAUCUCUGCGCCGGCCUGCCCAACGCGCCAUUCGUCUGCUCGGUGACGGGUGGUCUCUCAGUAUUCAAGCAGCAAAGGCAACUGGCCAAGGCAGAUAUCGUCAUUGGUACGCCGGGACGUCUGUGGGAGGUCAUCAGUGGAAGCCGGGAGCUGCUCGCAGGGUUCAGGCAGAUCAGGUACCUCGUGGUUGACGAGGCUGACAGACUGCUGAGCGAGGGCCACUUUAAAGAGGCGGGCGAGAUUCUCGACGCCUUGGAUCGCGAGGUGAUUGAGGAGGACGACGAUGACGACGACGAGAAGGACCUCUCGGCCCGGCAAACGCUCGUCUUCUCCGCAACGUUCCACCAGGGGCUGCAGCAGAAGCUGGCGGGCAAGGGCAAAUGGGGCCUCAUGUCGGAGAAGGAGUCGAUGGAGUACCUGCUGAAGAAGCUCAACUUCCGCGAGGAGAAGCCCAAGUUCAUCGACGUCAACCCAGCGAAGCAGAUGGCGGCCGGUCUGAAGGAGGGCCUCAUCGAGUGCGGCGCUAUGGAAAAGGAUCUCUACCUCUACACUGUCCUCCUGCUCAACCCUAACCGCAGGACCCUUGUCUUCACAAACUCCAUCAGCGCCGUCCGCCGCCUCGCACCCUUCCUACAGAACCUCAACCUCAACGCCACGGCGCUCCACUCCCAGAUGCCGCAAAAGGCGCGUCUCCGCUCCGUCGAAAAGUUCACGGCGACGAAGCCCAACACCACCUCGGUCCUCAUCGCCACCGACGUCGCCGCCCGCGGUCUCGACAUCCCCGGCAUCGAUCAGGUCAUCCACUACCACGUGCCCCGCGCCGCCGACAUGUACGUCCAUCGCUCCGGUCGUACGGCGCGUGCCGAGCGCACGGGUCUGAGCAUCAUCCUCUGUGGGCCCGAAGAGGUCGUCCCGACACGCCGGUUGGCCGCCAAGGUCCACGCCGAGCACGCGAGCAAGAAGAAAUACCUCAUGAGGACGAUCGACAUUGACCGCCGCAUCGCGUCCCGUCUCAAGCCGAGGGUGGACCUGGCCAAGAAGCUCACCGACGCGACGCUGGCCAAGGAGAAGGGCACCAAGGACGAGGACUGGGUCAAGGCCGCGGCCGAGGAGCUCGGCGUCGAGUACGACAGCGAGGAGCUGGACAAGGCGGGCAGCUGGACCGGCCGCGGGAGCCAGCGGAAGAAGAAGCAGCAGGAGGACAAGAACAUCUCCAAGGCGGAGAUGGGCGCCAUGCGGGCGCAGCUGCGCGAGCUGUUGUCGAAGCGCGUCAACGCCGGCGUCAGCGAGAAGUACAUCACAGCGGGUACCCUCGAUGUCGAGGAGCUGCUCAGGGGCGGCACCGGGGAUUUCCUGGGCAAGGUUGAUGGCUUGGAUCUGGAGGACUUGUAA